UUAAACCAUUACAAAGUUGCAGGCAAAUCAUAAGUUUCAUCAACUACAACGAAAAAUUUUUCGGCUUCAUUUAACUAACAACCAGAGUGAUAAAUGAUGGGAGAUCCAAGUUUAUCAGCUCUUGCAAAUGAGCUUGCAGUUGCAGUCGAGAUCACGAUGAAUCCACAGGCUUCUCAACAACAGCGAAUGGAUGCUUACAUCGCAUGUGAAAAAUUCAAAGAACUUUCACCUUUGUGUGCUCAAGCUGGAUUCUAUCUCGUCACUAAUCAUCAGUUUUCAACCAUUGUCAAGCACUUUGGAUUGCAAUUAAUGGAACAUCAAGUGAAAUUUAACUGGAGUAAAAUUUCUCAGGAUGAAAAGAUCUUUAUCAAAGACAACACAAUGAAGCUUCUUGCAACGGGUGUUGGGCCGGCUGAUGACAAAUCCUUGCUUCACAUUAAAGACGCACUUUCAAGGAUAAUUGUUGAAAUGAUGAAACGUGAAUGGCCUCAACAAUGGCCAACACUGCUUGGUGAAUUAUCGAAUGCAAGUGACAAAGGAUUAUCACAAACAGAACUUGUUGCUCUCGUCUUUCUUCGUCUUGUUGAAGACGUCGCAUUACUUCAAACAAUCGAAUCAAAUCAACGUCGCAAAGACAUUUAUCAAGCGUUGACUGUUAACAUGACUGAGAUUUUUGACUUCUUUCUCAACAUUAUCGAACGGAAUAUUCGUGAAUUUGCAACAACUCAAAAUGCUGGAAAUGCUCGAGUUGUUCAAGUUAUUCUCAACACUUUGGCUGGCUUUGUUGAGUGGGUGAGCAUUAAUCACAUUAUAGCAUCGAAUGGUCGAUUACUCCAAACGAUUUGUUAUUUGUUGGAGUUUCCUGACUUUCAACUAGCUGCAGCUGAAUGUCUCAGUCACAUAACAAAUCGAAAAGGAAUUGCAAAGGAUCGCAAACCUUUAUUGUUUCUAUUUAAUGAUGAGCCAAUGCAUAACAUUUUCCGUUCUCUUGAACGAAUGACAACAAUUCAAACAGAAAAUUAUCAUUUAUACCUAAAAAAACUAACAUUAGCUAUGCAAGGAUUGUCAGGAUUAUUAACAACACUUUGGGGGAAGGAAGCUGACAUUCAAACACCACCACGGAACUUUGUGACUUUCCUACAAAUUGUCAUUGGAUUUGCACGACAUCCAAGCAUUUCUGUAACGCAUGGCGGUGUUCUCAUCUGGUUGCAACUCAUCAAACAUGAUUCGAUAGCAAAAGAUCCAACAUUUAUUGACAGCAUUCGAGCGAUGGUUGAGGUCAUUGGACCGAAAAUUCUUAAGCGGCCUUAUCCACGUGUUCGAGAUUGUUUUGCACCAAAUUCUGUUCCAUACACAACUGAAGCUUACACAUGUCUGGAUUUCGAUGGUGAAGAAGAAUACUUGCAAUUUGUAUCACGAGCUCGUGUGGAUUUCCUGGAAAUAUUUCGACAAGCAACUCUCGUCACGCCACUUUUCACAUUUUCAUAUUGUGAACAUUUAUUGAAUCAACGACUUGACAAAUCAAUUAAUGAGAACGUCACAUCGUGCAGCAUCACAGAUCCGAUUUAUCUUGAAUGGGAAGCAAUUGUUGCUGUUCUUGAUGGCGUUUUAAGUCGAAUUUUACUUGUAACAGAACGACCAGCAAUCAUUAAUGGACUGAGACUCCUGGAAAAAUGUUUAUUAGUUAAGACUCAGGAUCCAAUCAUUUAUUCGGUGCUUCUCUCAUGCAUCUCAUCAUUAUUUGUGUUUCUUAGCAUGUCAGCAGCUGGUAAUGUUGCUGUCAGCGGUGUUCAAUUACUUCCGCCUGUUCUCGAUAAGAUAUUUAGUGCCAUUGUGUUCAAUCAAAGUCAGACAACAGACCAAGAAGGUCAACUUCGUUCAGCUGCUGUGAAGAAUCUUCGUCGUCAUGCUGCAAGCUCAAUUGUUAAGAUUGCAUUGAAGUAUCCUUUACUUCUUUUACCAAUCUUUGAGCAAAUCAACACAACUGUCAAGACUUUAUCAAAUGCUGAUAAACAAUUAUCAAAUUUGGAGAAAUUGUUAUUGCAAGAAGCUUUGUUGAUCAUUAGCAAUCAUUUCUGUGAGUUUGAACGACAACAAUUGUUUAUUGGUGAAGUGAUUCGGCCAGCAAUUCGUAUGUGGCAAGAAUUGGCUGUUGUGUUGAAGUCGCCAGCAUCAUUCAUUGAUUAUAUUGGUUUGUCGAAAGGUCCAGUGGAUGGAAAUUUCAACGAUGAUGUUCAUUAUAAGAAUCGACAAUCAAUGUUGAUGGCUUUGAACACAGUUCUUGGUGUGAUUAAACGUUGUCAAUGUCCAGACGAUCCGGAUAAGUCUUAUCGUGGUGGAUUUAUUGUUGCAACGACAGAUUCUGGUAAUCCAAUAACAAGAAAUCCAGCAGCGCCACACGUCAUUCCACUUCUUCAACAUAUUCUCGCGUUAUUGCGAUGUUUAAAUGAAUUGUGGAGUCCAUCAUCACUCGCAUUGUUUCAUGAUGCAUUUAAAGGUGCUAAUAAUAUGUUGGAAAAUGAAAAGAAAGCCGUCUUGGGGGUCGUUUAUUUUGUGCCUGAUCCACUCGAUCCAGUACAACUCAUGAAGCAAAAGACGUCGUUCGAUUACAUGCAGCAAUUCCUUUCAUCACUUUAUGACAGUUGCUAUAACUUAAUGGGAACAUCUGGAGGCUCUCUUGGACGUGAUUUAUAUGGAUUGGAUGGACUAGCGACAGCUCUCAUCAACAGUGCAUUUAGUAACUUGGAACAUGUUCCAGAUUUUCGUUUAAGGACGAUUGUCAGAGUUUUUCUUCGAAUUUUUGUCUAUGCAUGUCCAACGACUUAUCAUGUCAGCGUUCUUGUGCCAAUUUUUGGACAUAUUGCUCCAUUCAUGCUGAAUCGUCUAACAACAAGAUGGGAUUACAUUGGAUCACUUUUCGAGAAUGGAGCGCUAAGUGAUGACACCAACAAUGAUGCGCAAGAAGUUCUUGAUGAUAUUUUGAAUCGAACUUUAACUCGUGAGUAUUUGGAUGUGUUGAAAGUUGCGCUUGUUGGUGGUACGGCUGGAACAGCUGAUUCUAAUGAUAAUGGAAGUGGUUCGAUGAUGGAUCAAGAUGAUCAUUCAAUGGAUGCAUUACCGCAUGUGACACGAGCGGCUCAAGCAGCAAUGCAAUCUGAUAUUAUUAGUGAACUUGGACGUAAAUUGUUGAUGGCACCACUGACAUGUGAAGCGAUUGUUUACACGAUUUUUAAUUGCAUUGCAUGGAAUGACAGCAACGCCAGUUUAAAAGGUUGCCUUCUUGCCGGUCCAGUAAUUCGUCAUCUUGCAAGCGAUCAAGUUGUGACUUCGAAUCUUGCCGCUGUUAUUUUGACAAGAAUUCUUCAAGGACUUCAACUUCAUGGUCAUCACGACGCUAAUCAUGCAUCACUUAUUGCGCUCGGCGUUCAAAUCUAUGAAAUUGUCCGACCAACACACGCUUCUGUUGUUUUAAGCAUCAUGCAGCAAAUACCAAACUUAAAUAUAAAUGAUCUGCAGAAAUUGGAUGAAAAAAUACUCAACUCGACAGCAACUGGCCCGUUAGCGAAUGCAACAAAUCAGGGUACAGGCACAAUGGGCAGUAAAUCCAAUAAAAUCGACAAGAACAAGAAGGAUCUCUUUAAGAAAAUCACAUCACAUUUGAUUGGCCGAAAUGUGCUUGCUUCGCUGUUUCGUAAUCCAGCAGUCAUUAAUGAUUUACGUCCUUUAAACAACAACAGCAAACACAAGAACACAAACAUUAUCGAAUCGACGACUGACACAGGGAUGCAGCAACUUUUCCGUGAAGUUCCACGAUAAAGAAUUCUUUUUUUUAUUUAUUAUUAUUUUUUUCUUUGUUGUUGACUGAAUUCUCAUCUUAUUAAUAUCUUCACUUACUGUUGUACUUCUGCAAGUUUCUAAUUUUACUUGUAAAGAUGUCAAACUCUGAUCGAAACGCACAUUUUUAUCUUUCAUUUUAAAAACAAUCACAAAAAUUCUUAAAUGAAAACCAAAAUAUUCGUGAAAGCCACGAAAAUGUUUAAAGUGAAGAAGAAAGAAAAUAAAAUCUAUGGAAAUAUUAUUAAUUUAAUUAACAUAACAUAAAAUGUUAAUUUAAUGUUAAAGUGAAAAAGGAAAACAAAUGAAAUUGUGCAAAGAAAAACAUUCCAAACGCCCGCGCUAGUGGAGAAAAUAAAUGGAAUGCGUUUGUACUUUAAUCAAUUCUUUUUUUAUUAAUUUCUUUCAUAGUUUAAUUAAGUUCUUUAAAAUUUUGAAAUAGAAGACAAAAAAGAAGAUUUUCUACUAAAAGAACUUGAGUUGGUUCUUGAUCGUAUCAACUCUGAUUAUGUGUAUUGAAAUGAAUAAACAAUAAAAAAAUUUCUUUUACAUUUCAAGAAAAGUUUUUUAAUAUGAAUUUGCUUUAUGUUUUGGUAGGAAUUGAAAUCCGUCUGGAAUUUUUCCUAAGAACAUUUCACUAAUCUUCAACCAAUCACUUGAUUUGUUUGAUGUCAUUAAAGUCUCCAAAUCAUCGCGUCCUAAAUAAGAAUCGUGUUCUGGUCGUUGAUGAAUCUUUUGUGGUGGACGUUCUAAAAUUCCAUAUGGAACGUAUCGAUAAAGAAAUGAUUGCCAUUCCAAUAGGAACCGUCGCGUAUUUUCAACACCUUUCGUGUCACUUCCCCAAUGCGUCAAACCAUAAUUUACAUAUUUUUGUAACAUUUCAAAACGUUCUUUACUGCUGAUGUCAAACGCUUUUCCUUCUUUAAUUUCCUUGAAAAUCCAAGGCUUAAUCAAAGCACCUCGUCCAAUCAUGACACUUGAAACGUGUGGAGCUCGUUCACGAACUGAUUGAUAAUCCUCAAAGUUCAAAAUGUCGCCAUUGCCAAUGAUUGGAAUUCUUUUCACUUCUUUAGCACAUUUCUCAAUGUAAUCCCAAUCAGCGAGUUUCGUAUAACGUUGUUCUCGUGAACGACCAUGAAGUGUCACAGCUGAAGCUCCCCAUUGUUCUAACUUUGGCAAAAGUUCAUGUGCUACUGAUUUGUUCGCAUAAACGCCAGUUCGAGUCUUAACUGUGAAAGGUUUUUCACCGAGAAUUCGAGAGCAACUUCUCACAAUUUGUUCGAGAACAUUUUGUCGUCUAAUAAGUGCAGAACCAGCACCUUGUUGGUAAAUUAAGUCAAUUGGACAUCCAAUGUUUAAAUCAAUGAAAUCAACGUCAAUAUUUUCUGUGAGAACUUGUGCUGCAUAACAAACAGUUCUCGCGUUUGCACCGCAAAGUUGUACACCGAAAAUAUCUUCGCUGCUGUGGCGUUUUGUCAAAGCCCAUUCGGGAAGUGAUCCAGUUAUGAUUGGUAAAGCACACGCCAUUUCACCAACUGUAAUGUCAGCUCCAUAUUCCUUACAUAUUCUCCGAAAUGGCAAAUUUCCAACUGUCGUCAAUGGACUGAGCACGAGUUUGUUGCUGAAAUCUAUUCGUUUCUUUUCUUCCAAUCUUAUUUUUACAUUCUCAUCAUCCCCAGCUGAACCAAUUAACUUUUUUCCAAUAAUUUCAUCAACUUCCUUCAAUACUUUAUCAGAUUUAGAAUAAUCAAAAGUUUUCUUACGUAGGGAAUUUUGAAGUUCCCAUGGAAGAUGUUGACGUUCAGUUCGUUCGAUUUUAUUUGGAUUUUUGUUAAUAUUUUCAUCAGUCAAAUGAUUUUUUGCAAGUCGACAUGUAACUCCAUAAAUGCAGAAUCCCUUGACAUCAUAGAUCGGACAUUUUUCACCUAUAUCUGGAGCUUUAUUUUCGAGAUAUGAUUUUAAAUCAUGUGACAUUCUACACUUGUCACUACGUUCACAUUCAACUUCACGUCCAUCAACUAAUGAUCGACACAAUUGCUCAUCCAAUGAUUGUUUGAAAAUAGGCCGACGCUUGUUCAUUCCCUUUUUCUCCCUUUUCCUUUGUCUCUUUGACAUUGGUUGUCCAUCUUCUUGUCUGGGAUGUUCACUUUCGUCAGUUUUCUUUAUUUCUUCCUGCUUCUCUUUGAUGUCAUGUUGAAUUUUUACCAAAGGAAGUUUAUACUCUGGUUUGAUGAAACAUAUCAAUUCAUCU